CGAUCAGUUUUGGGAACCGCGCAGCCCCGUACAAUGGCAAAGUCACCAUAGGCACGUGGAACGUGGAGGGGCUGACGGACAUCAAGGAACCAGUCGACCAAGAGCUGCCCACGUGCGAGGGGCCGAUCACAAUGGACGAAGUCCAGGCAGCAGUGCGCAAGCUGAAGGCCGGGAGAGCCGCCGUCCAGGUGCCAGCCGAAGCCCUGAAGGCAUUCAUGGAGCAUGCCGAGGACACCAUGCUGUACCUGGGGGCCACAGUGCACAGCGACGGCCGCUCCACUUCGGAAGUGGGCAGAAUAGUCGGGGCCGCCACGGCAGACUUCCGAUCGCUCUGCACUGUCUGGAAGAACGCGACGAUCAGCCUGGCCAGAAAGAUCGAGCUGUUUCAGAAUAUAAUUGGGUCGAAACUGAAAUACGCAACGGCGUCUAUGUGGCUCAUGAAGACA